CAGCUCAACCAGUGCACAACUUGGACUAAUUGUGCUAAAAUCUAGAGAGUGGCACUGCCAGCUUCUUUACUUCCCAGCAUCCCAUCCGCAUCCCUGGAUUACUUUAUACCGAAGACCAACUCACAGAGUUCUAAUCACCAGGCCUGUGAAGGUGCCUCCAUUAUUUGCGAAAGUUGUGCACAAGAUGAGAGACAGGAUUCCACACACAGAAUGCACAGAGCCGUUAAAGUGAGCAGCCAGGGCUUGAAAAUGUCUGUGUGCAACGAAUUUGUGGAACACAUCUGGAAACCUGGAUCCUGUAAAAAUUGCUUUCACCCCAGAAGUGACCACCGAAAUUCAUCAGCUCCCUCUGAUGGAAAAGUCGGCAACCUGCCAGUAUUGCACAAUCUUAAUGGGAUUAGGAUCAAGUCGGAGAACUCGCAACAGGACGAUGACAUUGUAAUUGCUGCUUUAUAUUCCAAGCCCACCAUAGCAGUAAAACCAACAAUGAUUACCUCAGAUACUGCUGAAAUGUGGGCUGAACUCAACGGCACAGAGACCCUCACUCAGGUCAGUUGGAAAUUGUCAUCAACAAGCAACACUGUUCUCAAAUCUGGGGAUAUUCCAAGGGUUAUCCUAGAAAACUUGAAAAAACCCUUUAAUCAGAAUUACAGUUUGCCCCAUGAUAACACAUCCAAAUACCUUUUUAACAGACUGCAGAAUUCUGAGAAGAAUAUGGAAAUAAAUGCUGUGAAUAACUUAACGUAUGUGAGCCAUUUUGGUGGCCAGGCAGACAAGGCCACUUUUAUAAAGGAAAAGUUACCCAUAUCUUACAAGGAAUCAAAUCAGACGAAGAGCUCAGGAACUCAGUCUCCUACAGACAGGUCAUCUCCUCGUGGAACUUUACUUGCAAGGGAAGGUAAGAAUGGCACUGGCUUGCUGAACCCCGAAAUCCAGGAUCAAUCAAGAUAUGCAAGAGAUAUUAAACUUAAGAACAACUUGAAUAGCCCUGAAUCUGGAACUGAAAAAAACCUACAUCUUAGUAAAAUUAAAGUAUCAGUCCAUUCUGAGUCAGAUACCAAGUCAGACACUGUGUCAUACAUUAGUGUUAAAGACAUCCCAGUUGCAACACCUACAAAUACAAGUUCCCACACUUUUGAGUUUCAGUCUCCUAAAGUCUACACGCAGAACUCUGUUGCACAGACCCAGCAAUUCACACACACGGAGGCACUUGUACAGUCUGAGACUGAAAAAAGCCAAAGUGAACCAAUUUAUGCAGAAAGCACUAAACGAAAAUGUGUCUCAGGUAAAACUGGAAUGGUUACAAAAUCAGAAUGGAAAAUAGAAAAUGAUGCUGCGAAAAAGGAGAACUGUACAAGUGAAGACAAGCAGCUGUCUUUAAGCAAUGAACGAACUUACCAAGAGUCAAUGACACAAGUUUCAGCAAAAAUAACUGUUAUGGCUGCCCACACAGAAGAAGACAACAGAACAAUCUAUCUGAGCAGUCCAGAUUCUGCAGUUGGUGUCCAGUGGAACUGCACCAGUCCCUCGUCAACGUCAGAAAGCUCGUCUCCUACUUUUUUCUGGGGUGAGCGAAGCAGAGACAUGAAGUCCUUUGAAGUAAGCAAAAAUUACAAUAGUUCUUUUUUCCAUAAAAACCAAGGUAACAACAGUCCUGUUGCAUCACCAAAGAUCAUUAAACCUGAAGAGAUUCACAUGCGAAUUUCCUCACCAACUCAAAGUUCGGGAUUUUUGUCUUCCGGUUCUCAUCAGAAGGAUCUGUUGGAAGCACAUGACAGGUGUUUGCCAUCUGGAGACCGAAGAAGGUUUUAUCAGGCAAUGAAGAGUAGGCAGUGCAGGAUUGAUGAGGAGGAAGAGGAGGAGUGCCCCGUCACUCAGCAGCCAAGGACAACUGCCGUGGCCAAUGGACCACUUGUGAAGUCCAACACUGUUUGUAAUCAUGAUGAAAGAAGCCGGUUGGAAGAAAAUAAUUCCUGGAAAGGAAUGAGUAAAUCUGCAUCUUGCCCCAUUGAACUUUCCAAAGUAAAUGAUAAUCCUGAAGAAUCCAACCAGCCCCCACCUCCACCACCAAAAAAACAGCCCAGGAGUCCGCCCAAACUGAUUAAGAGUAGCACUGAGCUGGGAACCUUCAGCCUUGGUUCUGUGGAGAGUCUUGGAGAAUCCUUUAAGGCAACGAACUCCAAUCCAAACAUCAAUGUCUGUUUCAGCACAGGAUCUAUGGACAGUCUGGAUUCCAAGGCUUGCAGCGAAGGAGGUCAAUCAGUGGAAACCCUUAAUUCACCUAAACUGAAUGUUGACGAGAAAAAGCAUUUUGCACAAGUUUCCCUUUCUGUGGAUUCUGGUGAAGACACUCAAAAUGGUGCACUGCAACCCCCACCAUUGCCUGUGAAGAAAUCUAUCAACAGAGCUUGUUCUGCACCUGAUAACUCUGCUUGGGGUCGGGCCUACCCACCAAGAAAUGGAGUUAAUGUUAACAGCCCACGGCUAAAUCCCAGUCACUCAGAAGGCAACGUUUGUGGAGAUGAAACAAUGCUAUCUGGUUGUCCAUUGAGUCCAGGAGAUAAACAUGCAAUGUUUUCUUCUUCUGAAUCUUUGGAGAAGUGUUGCAGAGGACUUGGUCACCGAAAUGAAAUUCGGAACAGGAACUUUCCUCAAAGCAGGGUGACGCAAGCCAUGUCUGCCUCAGAGUUAAAUGUUUCUAGCCAUACUUCCUCUGGAUCAAGCUUGCAGCUCCACCACUUGCUCAGCAACAUCGACAGCAGGGAAGGGAUGUACGCCAAGCUCAGUGGUCUUUAUGCUCAGUCCACGCGUCGCUUAAUGACUAAAUGCGAGGACUUCUUCAUGCGGGACCAAAAGAAAGAACUGCACUUUAACGAAAACAACUGGUCACUGUUUAAGCUGAGUAGUAACAAGCCAUGCUGCAAUGCUGGGGAUGCCAUUUAUUACUGUGCCACAUGUGCCAAAGAUCCUCACAAUAACUAUGCAGUAAAAAUGUGUAGAACAGAGGACACAAAGACUUCAUACUGUAGCCUCUCGCUGCCAGUCCAUUAUAACAUACAGCAGGAUUGUGGCCAUUUUGUGGCUACGGUGCCCUCAAGUAUGCUGCAUCCCCCAGAGACAUCCAAGGACUGUCAAACUAACGAGAGUUCACAGUCUGGUUCUUUACGUGAACAGGAAUGCGUGGUGGUAAUCACCCGGGAAGUGCCACACCGUACCACGGCAGACUUUGUCAAGGAGUCUGUGUCCAUACAUAAAGCCCAACCAGAGGUUUAUGAGCGCCAAGUUUGCCUUCUUUUGUUGCAGCUCUGUAAUGGUUUGGAACAUUUAAAGGAGCAUGGCAUUAUUCACAGAGAUCUCUGUUUGGAAAACCUGCUUCUUGUCCACUGUCAGACUUCCCCCAACAAAAUGAAAGAUGGCAAGUAUGUUCCCAGGCUCAUUGUCAGCAACUUUUCUAAAGCUAAACAAAGGCCUGGCUCAGAGGACCUCCGGCCCAGGAGGGAUAAAACCAGGCUGGCUCCUGAAAUCAUGGUUGCUUCCCAAUACAAGAAAUUUGAUGAGUUUCAGACAGGGAUCCUUAUUUAUGAACUUCUUCAUCAGUCCAACCCAUUUGAGGAUAGAACUAGCCUUCAAGAGCAGGAGUAUACUCAGAAGGACUUGCCGUCACUUCCUAAUCUGUCGGUUUACUCUAGAGGGCUACAACACCUAGCCCACUUAUUGUUGGAGGCUGACCCAAUCAAGCGCAUCCGAAUAUCUGAAGCCAAGCGUAUUCUUCAAUGCUUGUUGUGGGGUCCGAGGAAAGACUUAACAGAUCAGCCGUUCAGUCAUGAAGAGGCUCUCCACUGCGCUUUGCAGAACUGGAUUGAUAUGAAAAGGGCACUUCUCACAAUGAAGUUUGCGGAGAAUGCCCUGGAGCCAAAGCAUAACAUUUCACUAGAGGACUGGUUGUGCUGUCAAUACUUGGCAUCUGCCGAUCCGUGCUACCUUUACAAAACACUGAAACUUAUUAAGCUCAUUUAAUCCUUACUUGGUCAUUCUAAGGACAACUGAAACAUUAUGAGUAAAUCCUCGAACUUUAGCCCUUUUACUGAACAGUGAGCAAUGUCUUGUAGAACAAACUUGUAGAACAAACCAUGGCAAGACCAUAUAGAAGAUGAGACCCUACUAAAUGUGCUAAAGGUGCUGGUCUUGAGAAAUUCCUCACAAAGGAUAAAAAUUACACAUUCACUGUUUCACAACUUUGUUAACACAAAAAAGAAGUAGAGCAUUUCCCACAAAAUUUCCUUUACCGAAGCACAUCUGAAUUUGUAUCAGAUCAUUAACACUCGAAAAUAAGGUUUAUAAACCUUUUAUAUAACUUGUGGUUGUAAUACAAGCUGAUGAAGGAUAUGUAUUCUUUAUUAUUCAUUAAUACUGUACUAGGAUAGGAAAAAAAUAAAGCUACAUUUUUUUUAUUUUGUUCCGGUAAGUUAUCAUGGAAAAGAAAAAAUUAACACACAAAACUUUGACCAUUGUAUUACACUUUUAAAGUGGCACAGUUAUAAACCCAUUUUGCCCCAUGUAUACAGCACUUUAAAAAGCCAAUUCCCUUGAAUUAAAAUGUGACUCCAGCAUAUAAAUACAAACUUCUUCUCUAUCUCUCUCUGUCUCACUCCCUCUCUCCCUCUCUCUCUCUACAAAAUUAUAUUCUGUAGACUUUUUAACUGAACUGCAGCAAGCAUGGACACAGUGUUUGUGGUUUUAUUUUGUGUUCCUUUUUUCUUUUUUAUUCAUUUGUAUUCAGAAAUGUAAAAUAACCCCUGGUAAGUGCAUUUGUUCACUUUCUGAUGGAAAUGAUUGACCAGGGAUGUAUUAUAAAAUAUAUAGGCCUGUCUAAAGGAGUGAUUUUAAUAUUAUGAGAAUGUAUUAUACAAGUUGUUUAUAAUGACAGUGCCACUUUAAUUGUAAAAUUAUUUAUAUGUAAGUUGAUAUAUAGUCCCUUACCAAUGUGAGUUCCAGAUUUAAUCAAUAAAAACCUUGAAGGGAUUUUUAGGAACUGUUAUUCUUGCAUUGAGUUACGCUUUCCACUGUAAAAACUGGAAAAUGUCUGGUGCCAAGUCAUUUAUUUGGAGCUGUCCACAAAAAAAAAGCUAAAAUAAAAGGAAACAAUCUAUAUUUGAGAAUAUCUAUGCUUAACUUUAGGGACACAUGGAAUUUUAAUUUUUAACAUGGAAUUGUUAAAAAUGUAUCGUGAGUUUUUUACCUACAAAGAAACUAAUGGAAUGAUCUAAAUCAACCACUUUGUACAAAUAUUGCUCUGGUUUUGCCUUUUUGAAUAAUGAAACAAUAGGGUGGGUUUAUCAAAGUCCUCCAUUCUAAAAGGUGGCCUACAGUACUCAAGAUGAGGGAAUAUCCCUGGAAACCAGUGGAACCAGCCGGUACUGUCCAUUAUUUUGCACCACAUUUUAGAACAGAACACUUUGGUAAAUCUCUCCCUCCUAACCCAUCCAGGUCUUGACAGCCUAUGUCUGCAUGACAUUUUAUUGCUGGCAAUAGGAAGAUAAAUUUAAUUUGGCUGUCAUAUCUUUUUUUUUUAUUUUUAUUUAUUUUUUUACAUUUUUGUGUUACAACAUUGUAAAGAAAACACCCAAGAUUGCUGCAUUGUUUCUGAAGUUCCCACAAUAAUAUUUUAUUGUAUAAAUUACAGCAAUACAGAUCAUUUUAUGGGUGACUGCUAUUACCUGUGCAGAUAAUAUUACUGGUUUUAUUUUCAUACAAUCUUUAAAAACAUAGCGAUAACCAGUGAUUCUCACUUUAACAGGUAACUGAAUAUGUACAUAUGUAUGUAUCAUAGAUGUACAUAUGAUUGUGUGUAUAAAUAUAUGUGUGUAUAUAUAUAUAUAAAUAGAAAGUUAUUAUAACCUUUCUUCAUGGCCUAAGACACAUUGCAGUGCAGUGGUUUGUCUGCUUUUAGGCAAAGAAGGGUAAAAACAAAAAUGGCUGUUUACACUGAAGUCCAUUACACUCUUUACUAAGUAUUUAAAAGGACAUUAUAUUGUCUCCUAGAGAUUUUUAGCUGGUAGGAACCUUUGAUAUCAUGAGGGCAUGUCCCACAGGUUUGGAGGGUUUACGUUGGAGAAGUUCAUGUGUUAUACUAUAUUGAUGGAAACUGGUGGAUUGUGAGAAAGGACUGUAAAGAGUUGUCUAUCCUGUAUGUUAUACUGAAUACAUAUUGUAGUGGGCAGCAACCCUGGCCAUUACUCCCUUGCUAAAGAGAAAUUGAUCUGGGAAGACAGCGGUAUAUUAACAAAUGAUGGAAAAUGGACUUAUACAUGUACUGUUUAAGAGCCACGCAGAUGCAUAUGAGAGCAAAUGGAAUUUUUUAAAUUAAUUUUCAGCUUUUGUUUUAUACAGAUACACCUGUAGAAUGUUCUAGGGCUGGGAUGGCCAAAAAGUGUAUUUUCAGUUGUUAAACCAUGACAGUCUUAAAACUCUUAAACAGCUGAGGAUCUAUUUUUUGUUUUUUGCCUGUCUUAUUUUAGAAGACAGCAUUUGAAGGUCUAGCAACAAUUAAUGGCCCUGAUUUU